AUGGAAAAAAUUCUUCAAUUAGGAUAUUUUUUUUAUGGAAAACAAGAAAGUUAUAAAAUUUUGACAAAGUUAUUUGGUAAUUUAGCUUAUAUUGUAGCAGCUUUAAUUGGAAUUCCUGCAAAUAUAAUUGUUAUCAAAAGAAUUAUUCAAAGCAAAGAUUUUCAAAAAUCAGCAUCAUACUUAAUAAUUUUAAAUUUAGCUAUAGCUGAUUUAUUAUUCUUGUCAGGAACACCUUUACUUUUAUAUAAUUCAUUACUAGAUUCAUGGAAUCUUGGUAUAUUUUUAUGUAAAGCUUUUUUAUCUAGUAAUGCUGCAAAUCAUUUUGCAAGUUCCAUUUUUAUGGGACUUUUAGCAUUUGAUAGAUAUUUAGCAAUAUGUUGUAAAAAAGAUUUUUUGCCAUGGCUAAUCGUAUUUGUAGCUAUACUUCCGCUAUUUCAUUUUGGAAAUAUUGUUUAUUUUAUUGAUAAUAAAAAUGAUACAGCGCAACUAAAGAAAGCUGUAUGCAUGUUAGUAUGGUCACCAACUGAUGAUGGUGAAUUUUUACUAAGUGAUAGUUUAGAUUUUUUUGAAAAUGUACAAUUUUCAAGAAGGAUUUUUACAGCAUAUACAUUUGCUGUUGGAUAUGUUAUUCCAUUAAUAGCAGUUUGGUUAUUUUAUGCCAAUAUAAUUUAUACAGUAAGAAAACAUGGUUCAUCAACAAUAAUUUCAAAUAAUCAUAUUAAAAGACGAACCUUUAAAAUAACAAGACUUGGAGUUCUUAUUGCUGUUAUUUAUACAUUUUGUUGGUUACCAUUUUGGUUUGUACAAUGGUCAAUUGAAGAGGGUGCUUUAUGGACAUUAAAACAUAAUUGGUUAAUGGCAAUAUCUUAUUUUGCUUAUGUCUUAGGAUAUUUUAAUUCUGUCAUUAAUCCAUUUACUUUUAUAACAUUUUCUAAUAAACACAAACAUUUUACAUAUAAAAAUUCUCAAAAAAAGAAAUUAAAAGAUAAAAAAUAUGGAAUAUUAUUAGAUAAUCAUUAA